AUGGUCGACACCUUCAGGCGAAACGUCCAUCGCCUACUACUAGUCGCCGCGGUGCUGUCACUGGCGAUCUUCGCCAGUUCGGCAGCGAGUCGCACCUCGGGACCUUUCGAUCUUCGGCCUCGAGCGAACGCGGUCGUCCCUGGCGCCUUCAUCCUCUUGAGUGAAUGUGGAGACCUGGGUAAUAGGGCACAAGUGGAGCAAGUGAGUCCAGCCUUUCCACCCUUGCUUCGAUCCAGGCUGCCCGAGCUCUUCCCGUGACGUCGGGCCCAGAGUGACCCUGCCCGGCGCUGGGGAGGAGUCGACACCGUACGAGCCGCGUAGAAAGGUGGACAGCACCUUCAUUGACAUUGACGCGCAUGCAUCUUCCGCUUCCUUGCCGAACCAGCAUGUGACCACUUUACUGGCAGCUGUAACGGAGACCGUCCCGGAUGUCGUGACGAAGCACCGGUAUCAUUUGGAUGCCUUCUGCGGUCUCAGCAUCCGCGUCGGGGACAAGAUUUCUCGGGACGAUCUAGCCAAAAUUCCGGGAGUCAAAGUGGGUGUGAUUCUUGUCUUGAAACACCAUGCAAAUCCCUUAUGUACACCAAGAAAUUUUCCUUGUGUGCUUCUCUUUCUUUGGCAACCAGAGCGUUACCCCCGUCCUCCGGCUUGCUCGCAGUGGCGUUCGGACCACUACCAGCCCAACUUCAGGCCAAUCAGGCGUUGAGAUCGACCCAUUCGCUUCGGUCCAAGCUUCUUCCGGCGAGUCCAGCAAGCGGCUUCUCGUUGCCGAGGGUGGGGUUUCCAACGUAUGGUCUACCGCAGAGCUACCUCGGGUCCUAAAGUCAGACGAUGCCUAUCGCGACGACACAUCCUGCCCGCACAUCAUGACCGGCUUCCACAAGUUGCGUGCUAAAGGACUGUUCGGCUUCUCCAACGUCACUGUCUGCGUGAUCGAUUCGGGAGUCGACUAUCGGAACGAGGUACUGGGAGGAUCUUUCGGUCCCGGGUCCAAGAUCAGAGUCGGCUAUGAUUUUACCGGCCACGGUUCCAAGCCCCCCGGGCCAGACCCCUACAGCGACUGCGAGUAUGUCCAAAUCGCCGCGCGGGUAUCGCAAUAGGACAAAUAAUAUCUAAUGCAUACCAAUUUCCGGGCACGUUGUGACAGGGGCUCCAAGCAUGGAAAUCACGGUCCGUCCCCCUACUAGCUAAUAAGGAAUGAGAUGCGCGCUCAUUCCGUCAUUCUAGUGACUCGCAGUCACGGGCAUCGUCGCAGCACUUCCAAACACGUUAGUCGAGCCCAGUAACCAGCUCAAGAGUAUGAUCGAAGUCAACGGCGCUGAACGAGUGCUUCCGACAGGUUUGGGUUCAGUGGUGUCGCUCCAGGCGUGUCGCUGGGUGCUUACCAAGUUAUGGAGUGCCACGAGGAGGACGCCCGGACCGACGACAUAAAGGCGGCAAUAUUGCGCGCAAUGGAUGACAAGUGUGAUGUCAUCACAAUGAGUGUGGCUUCAAACGAUGGCAUAGGGUCCCCCAACGAUGUGCCCGGCAAGCUCCUGCUCGCCGAGCUUGAGAAAAAGGGUGUCGUCGUGGUGGCCGCGAGUGGCAACUUCGCGGAGGCAGGAGGGGGAAUAGCUGACUCCCAGUAUGCCUCUGCUGCCACGACCACCAUCUCGGUAGGAAGUGUUGCGGUGAACAAACUACCACUGGCCUACGAACUCACGUUUGAAACGGGCGGUUAUUCCCCGCUGCCCUACUUUUGGGGUGCCCAUCGCGUCGAGAUUGCCGACUCGCUCAAAGUGAUGCUUCUCAAUGCAUCCGAAUCACCCAGCGCUGAGGCCUCGACCUCGUGCCGACCAUCUGCAACAGUAUCACAGGACCUGAGUAUGACAUUGGUAGUCAUCAGGGCCAACCAGAUGUGUACCGGCACACUGGUAGCGUUCGCCCACGAACACGGCGCGCGCGUGCUCGCUCUGACGGCGCCAAGCCUCGCCGACCCCCGGUCUACUUACUUCUCGUCGCAGAUCGACGAUUGGGGAGACUCGCCGGGGAGCACGGAUCUAGCAGGCUUGGAUAUUUAUGUGGUGGGAAUGACCUUUGACUCCCACGAGAAGGUAUCUGAACCGAGCACUUUAUAGUGGCGAUUGCCAAGGAAGAAUGCUUUGGCUGAGGUUUCUGUCAUCUGUGCACUUGAACCUUUCCUGCAGAUUGCUGGGUACGUCAAAGCGCACCCGACGGGACUCGUGGUCAACUUCCGAUCGCAACGAAAGCUCCUCGAUCUCGCCAACGAUAUUGACGGCUCUCGCGUCGCACAGACGUCGGACGACGGGCCUAGAUAUGAUCUUGCAAAACCAGCAGCACUGGUGUCGGCACCUGGGCAGCCCAUUUUAUCCACGGCCCCAAGACGAUGGGGUGGAGCGGGAGUGAUGGGCGGUACUUCGAUGGCGGCACCGUUCAUAGCUGGUGCUUCGGCUCUUCUCCUGUCGCAUCGCAGUGGACUCACACCUCUCAAGAUCCGCUCGCUUUUUACGACAACGUCCCUUCCCGCUCCCGCACCGCUGCCCAUUGACCAGUCCCAGCUUGCCUCGGUGCUACAACAAGGAGGAGGUACAUAACCUGGUCUAUCUCAAGUUGUGGGGCUUCCGAAUUACCUCUUAACGUUGAUCUAGUUUCGUGACCUUCACAUUCUCAGGUCUCAUCGCGAUCGAUCAAGCGUACGCUGGCCGGUCCUACUUUGACCCCUAUCUUCUCGCUAUCGGGGACUUCUCCUUAUCCAGCACCGAGCAAGAAGUGACCGUGACAAACGAGAACGACCGCUCAGUCCAAUAUCACUUCGAGACCGAGCUCGAGACCGCAAUGACGCUGGCGUUCUACGACCAUGUAUGAGCACUCUCUGUUGGAGGGUGAGGCAGUCUACCAAGGCAAGCUGACGAGGGAUAUUCCUCACACUGUUUCCAAACUGAUAGGACGCAAAAGUAGACGACUUCCCGACCACUUCGAUCAAUGCCCUUCCUUGGACGUCACCCCCUCGGGUCGUGAUCGAGCCGAGCCGGAUCAGUGUCGCAUCGGGCCAGUCUGUGAAGGUGCGGAUCACGAUCGACCCGCCCAAAUUCUCCCUGACUGUGGCGAAGCGUUUCCCGCUUUACUCUGGAUAUAUACGCAUCAGGACCGUUGGAGAUGAGCUUGGGCUAUACCGUCUACCGUUUUUCGGAUUGGCGGCCGACUAUAAGGAAGCGCGCCUGCUCGAAACAACGACGAGUGCGGCUGGAGACUGGGGCGUCCCUGGCCUUCGAUACCCUUUCGUUGGGACCUAUAUCACCAAGAAAGAUUGGGAUGAUGAAUCAUCUCCGGGUAUAAUACUACGAGAACCGAACCAGGUGGCGACGAGCUACCACGCUUUCGGGCUGAUACUUUAUUUCUCGAAUAGCCGUAAGUGUGGCUUGUCGCGCGAGAUUCCCACUUCACUCACCGUCUGUUGCCUCCAGUGUAUUCGAUGCACGAUACCAUCGAUCUUGUUUUCGCGAAUGUCAGCUUCGUUCCCACGGUCCCGACUGGCAACAAUGCGGCGAACCCCGUCCUGCAUCAGUCCCAGGUCCCCUCGGCUGCGGAUCCAUCUCGUCUUUACGAGGCGACGCCGACCCUUGCGCUAAUUUGCGAUAUGCCAUGGACUCUCCCAAGGACCGGGGAGGGGGGGAAGGCGGGCUGUAUAAUCGCAGGAGCGCUGCCGCAUACUUUACUUCGAGGCGAGUUCAAGGCGCGAUUCGCGAAAUCGACUGCGAACAAGAUCGACAUCCCGGCCGACGCGCCUUACCGGUUCUUGUUGCGGUAAGUCUUGUCAAGCGCCCGAGCCUUCUCGGAAGAGCCCACUAAUUCUAUCUCCGAUAGCAGACUGUUGAAAGUGAACGCCGAUCCUCGUUUCGAGGCGAGCUGGGACUCCUGGCUCAGUCCGCCGUUCCAAUUCUCCAAGAACCGCUCGCCACCGGCGCCGGCGUGA